AUGGACGCGAAGCACGACGACCAUAAUCGAGAUUCCCCAACUCCCUCAUAUGAAAAACACAAUUCAGGCCAAGAGAAGAAUGUAGUUCCGAUCUCCAUCAAGGUCGCUGAUCCUCCCUUCAACAAUAGAUACGGUGACGCAGACCUAGUCCUUCAAUCCGCAGACGCAGUCAAAUUCUUCGUCCACAAAGUUAUCCUAAGGAUGUCGUCGGAGUUCUUCGCAGAUAUGCUUUCGCUGCCACAGCCACGUCCAUCCACUCCACAAGCCUUGUCCUCUGGUUGUUUGGGUGAGAUCAAUGCUCUCCCCGUCAUCCCUGUCUCAGAAGACGCUUGGAUCCUGCAUGCUCUAUUGCGCAUGUGCUAUCCGCCGGUGGUCAGCAAGCCGACAUUUCUCAUGAUCUGGCAGCUCUCUCCCAUUCUCGCCGCGGCGCAGAAAUAUCAAUUUUCGGAGGUAACAACAACGCUGGCAGAUCAGCUCAGGGCUUUUAGCGCUUCUCAGCCGCUUCAAACCUUCGCUGAAGCUUAUCACAGAGGCUUGGACGAUGUAGCGAGGGUCGCCGCUGCAACUUUCUGCCGCCCAUCGUUCUUGACAUUCGGCGCUGGUUACGUAUCAGUUCCAGACAUGGACACGUAUGUCCCAGAGAUGGACACUGUCCUUGCCUCAUGGUACUUCCGACUGUUGGAGUACCACAACGAUGUCGCGCAAAUAGCUCGGAAGAACAGAAGAUUCCGGGAACAACUGCAAGUGAUGUCCGCCCCGGAGCACGUUACAUUCUGCGCGCCCAAUAAGAUCGGAACGCAGUGCGCGCUUGCAAGGACCUACGACCUCGUUCCUAGGAAAGUACUUGCGCACCCCUUCGCGGACAUAGGGCAUGCAGACACCGUCGUCUGUUCUUCAGACGGGGUGGAGUUCCACGUCAAUCAUGCUUUUCUCAGAUGGUCUUCCCAUACGCUGACGGAGAUGCUCUCCGCGGCCUCUGGGGGGGAGACACCCGAGCCACAAGAUAUUUCCGUGGGCAAUGCCUCGCACGACACCACCCUCCGCCUACCCGAGGAUGGUGAGACGCUGGCCUUACUGCUCCAGCUGUGCUACCCCAUGCCCGACCCCGAAAUCACAGGCGGAUCGCACGAGGACCGCCUGUGCGUUGCAUACCGCCUUCUUGAAGCAGCCUCGAAAUACCGAGUCGCACGAGCGUUGGACUUCGCCAAGCAAAUGAUAUGUACCAUCGGCCUGGUGGAUCGCCCACUGUCGGUGUACUUCGUGGCGUCUGUUUACAACUGGGCGGACGUCAUGAAGCAGGCUGCCUGUCGUGCCAUAUACGAGGCGUCCGAUGUAUACAUCCCGGAGAUGGAGAUAGCGUCGUCUGCGGCCUACCGCAGAUUGCUCGUCUACCGCCAAAAGUGCCGCGACCUCAUCCUUGCUCGGUACCCAAGUCGUAGCCCCGGCUUGUUCUCGAAUUCGAAGGCUGUGGUCCGCGCCCCAUAUUGGAGCAAGAGCAGUUGGUUGAGCGAGCCCGGCGACUACGAGCUGUGGCUAGUCAUGCACCUUCGCAUGAACGAGAAGAUUGCUGCUGGACGUCGAAUUCUAAGACUACGACGAGUUUCGGUUCAGAGUGACUGGAUAGGUUUACACGAAAUCGGAUAUAGUUACCAGAAAGCCCAUUGA